AUGGGAAAACGCAAAAACAACGGUGAAGCCGAUAUUUCACCAAAGAAAGAAAAGAAAACGAUGAAGUUCGACGACGUAACACCAGUCAGAGCUGAAAAGAGACCAGCUGCAGAUUCAUCGGACUCUGAUCCAGACGAAGAUGAGGAAGAACAAACUAUUCACACUGAAGCGGAGGAGACAAGACAUGAUGACGGGCCGAUGAACUAUGAGCCUGAUGCAUUCAGACUGUUGGUAGAAUCAUUCACUGCAUUCGUUCAAGAAAAGAACGCCACGACGGCUGUGGUGCACAACAUGGAGAGAUUAGUCACUGAAUGGAUUCAAGCCUUUGCAACUGAUUAUCGGAAAUAUCUUAAGCAAGCUACAAAAAUUCGCAACUUCCAACUAAACGAUGCGUCAACCGUUCUCCUUUCUUACUUGGGCGGCGACAAGGCAUUGUCCGAAUUUCCUUCAUUCCCGGAGAAACCACCUACCAAGUUCCAACUUUACAUCAAAGAGAACAAAAUUGACUUCAAAGGCGGAAAAGCAGCAUUCUCUGGUGCCUCUAUGAGAGCUGCUCAUAAAGGAAUGAAUGAGGAUGUAGCUGGAAGCAAAAAAAUGGACGAACAACUUCAUAAGCUACAUACAGAGUAUAUUCCUCGUCUUCAAGAUUUUAUCGAUUCUCAUCCAAACUUGACCCUUGAACAGCAACAAUUCAUCGGCAACAAGAUCAAAUCUCUCGAUAAAAAAUACAAUUCAAAACCGAUUGUUCCAAAAACUCCCAAGAAACCAAAAAAUAAAUCUGCAAAGAAAGAAAUCGAAACUGCAUUCAGCCUCUUCUGCAGAUCUAAGAACGAAAAAUAUCGUGACUUGUCGGAUGAAGAGCGCGAGCGAAAACUGAAGAAGAAAUUUGAUAAACUUCCUGCGGAGACUCGCGAUCUCUUCGAAAGCUUGGCACUAAACAUUUAA